AGAAUACUGCAAGCAUCUGCAGAUGGCUGAGAAUAACACACAGUUCCUGGCGGACUUCCUGUCUCUGAUGGUGGAGAUCUCACCUGAAUCUGAAGACUGUGAUCAGGGUCUCAUUCAUAACCUGAUCUUGGAUUCUGGGAUCCUCUGGAAUCUCGCCACACGCGUUUGGCAGAACAAGGAUCUCAACACGUACGGCUUCCUGGCGCUGUUCGCAUCCACCAAUGGAGGCGUCACGCGCGUUUACCCCAACACAGCUGCUGAAUCAUGGGACGAGGAUCCUGAACCUCUGAACUCAAACUUCUUCCGUCGCACUCUGGACAGCAAAGGCUACAUCUUCAAAGCGCCAGCGCGAACCUCAAUGGAUGAUCUGUUAAUCUCAGAGAAUGGCACUGUGGGGAUUUUGGUCACCACCGCCGUGGAGGUCGUGAUCUCAGGCAAAACCAUGAAGCCUGCAGUGGUCGGAGUUAAGCUGGAUUUGGAGGCCUGGGUCGACAAGUUCAAGAUACUCGCCAGCAAUGUGUCAGACAGCAGACAGGCCGCUCAUAAGUGCGGCCCCUCCAGAUCCUGUGAGAUGGACUGUGAAGUGAACAGCGAUGAUUUGUUGUGUUACCUGAUCGAUGACGGAGGUUUCCUGGUGAUGUCCAAUCAGAGAGACCACUGGAAGAAGGUGGGUCUGUUCUUCGGCGAGGUCGACCCCUACCUGAUGUUCGCCCUCUACAACAGCUCAAUCUACGCCCGUCAUCAGACCUUCCAGUAUCAGUCAGCCUGUGAGCCGACAGCCAGCAGCCACACGGGAGCUGCGCACAGAGGAUUCUAUGUGCCCUCCAUUGCUGAUUUUCUCAGUCUGGCCUGGUGGACGUCAGCAGCGGCGUGGUCUGUCCUGCAGCAGUUCCUGUAUGGACUCAUCUACAGCAGCUGGUUCACCACAGAAGAUGUCUGGGCUGAGAGUUCGGGCACUAAAGGGAGCAGCAGCUGUGUGACGAUUCACAGUCAGUUCUACUUCACUAACACCACCAACUCCUUUAACAUGCUGCAGGAUUGUGGGAACUGCUCCAGAUUGUUCCACGCCAAGCGUAUAGAAAACACAAACCUACUGUUUGUGGUGGCAGAGACGCUGCCCUGCAGCUCCUGCGAGAUCGAGAAACUCCUACCUGUCAGAACAAAGUCUCAAGAAGAGAAUCCGUGUGAGGUGUUAAACUCCGCCCGCUAUCGGAAAGGACCUGACAAAUGCUUCGACUACAACUCAGAGGAGAAUGCGUCAGAGUGUGGCAGCGCUCACUCUUUACACUGUCCGAUGCGAGUUCUGCUCUGGAUUCAGUUGUUGUGGCUUUACCUCAUUCUACGAUCUUAA